AUGGCUUCAAGCCAAUCAUCAGUACAUGAAGAAAGUGAGAAAGAGUGUUUCUGUGGACUAAAAUGCAAAGUGAAGACAUCAUGGACAGAAAACAACCCAGAAAGAAGAUUUUAUAGUUUUCCCAACUACAAGACAGUGGGAAAGUCAUCUUGCAAAUAUUUUGACUGGUAUGAACCAAAGAUGACAGACAGGGAAAGAAAUAUCAUAGUUGGUUUCAUGCGCAAGACGACAAAGCUUGAGAACGAGAUUAAAUACUUAAGAGGGAAGGAGAAGUAA